CAUUUCAUUUUCAGUCAGUUUUUGUAAGUACUCCAAGUUGUUAAGUGUAUGUGUUUGUGUGAAACUCUUCUUAUCUUGUAACCUGUUGACUUGUGGAAUGUAUUAGUUAUUUAGCUUAGUUAACGUGAGAAAUCUACAGCAGGGACAUUGCUACUUUCCAUUUUUAUAUGUGAAACUGAACCAUCAUCCACUCAUGAUCUUGGACAACUUACAAAAAUUUGGGUUUUGCGUAGUUGAGUGAUAAUUAUCAUAACUUGGCACUGAAUUUUCAAGUUCAGCUCAAUCAACAAGGAACUAGUCGUCAUUUUACUUGCUGUUGAAAAUGGAGGUGGAGGCUGAUUUAGGAGCCGAAUCUAUGAAAGAUGAGUCGUUCUUCGGACCAUUAGACAUUCUACUCAUCACAGCCCUGCUAGGAAUAGCUGCAUGGUGGUUCAUGAAAGAUAAGAAGAAGGAAGAUGGUUACAAGUCCUAUUCGAUCCAGCCGACAGCACUCGGAUCAUCGUCAGAUACGUCUGGCAAUUCGUUCAUCAAGAAGCUGAAGACGUCGGGUCGCAGCCUGGUAGCGUUCUACGGCAGUCAGACGGGCACAGGAGAGGAGUUCGCGGGUCGGCUGGCCAAGGAGGGUGUCCGCUACCAGAUGAAAGGCAUGGUCGCCGAUCCUGAGGAGUACGAUAUGGGUGAAUUAAUUAAUAUGAAGGAGAUACCGAAUUCGCUGGCAGUUUUCUGCCUGGCUACCUACGGAGAGGGAGAUCCCACUGAUAACGCCAUGGAUUUCUAUGAGUGGCUGCAAAAUGGAAGCGCCGAUCUCACCGGUCUCAACUAUGCUGUUUUCGGAUUAGGAAACAAGACAUACGAGCACUACAAUGCAGUUGGUAUCUACGUUGAUCAGAGACUAGAGGAGCUUGGGGCCACCCGGGUCUGUGAACUUGGUCUGGGAGAUGACGAUGCUAACAUUGAAGACGACUUCAUCACAUGGAAAGACAAGUUCUGGCCAUCGGUGUGCGAGUACUUUGGCAUCGAGACAAUGGGUGAAGACGUGAGCAUUCGCCAGUACCAGCUGGUAGAGCACACCGAAAUCAACACCGACCGAGUCUACACAGGGGAGGUGGCGCGACUGCACUCCCUCAAGAAUCAGAGACCACCAUUCGAUGUGAAAAAUCCGUACCUGGCUCCAAUCACAGUGAACCGAGAACUGCAUAAGGCUGGCAACAGAUCUUGCAUGCACAUUGAAUUCAACAUUGAAGGCUCCAGGAUGCGCUACGAUACUGGUGAUCACUGUGCUGUAUAUGCCAAGAACGACGAUGAAAACGUAGAGAAGCUAGGAAAAUUGCUGGGAGUCAAUUUGGAUACUUUAUUCACAUUAACUAACACUGAUGAGGACUCGAGCAAGAAGCACCCGUUCCCCUGCCCUACAUCGUAUCGCACAGCUCUUACUUACUAUCUCGACAUAACCUCAAACCCGAGAACUCACAUCUUGAAAGAACUGUCUGAGUAUUGCAGUAAUCCAGAGGAACAAGUAAAACUGAAAUCGAUGGCUUCCACAAGUCCAGAGGGUAAACAGCUGUACAACAGCUGGAUAAUCCAGGACAACCGAAACAUUCUGCAUAUCCUGGAAGAUAUGCCUUCGUGUAAACCGCCCAUUGAUCACAUAUGUGAACUGCUGCCUCGGCUUCAGUGUCGUUACUAUUCCAUAUCAUCGUCUUCUAAGCUGCACCCGACAACAGUGCACAUAACAGCUGUUCGUGUGGAAUACAAGACGCCGACAGGUCGCCUUAACAAGGGUGUGGCCACUUGCUGGUUGGCCGACAAGAAGCCAUCUCCGGUCUCCGCCCCCCCUCCCAGUGAUGGUGAAUCACAGACCCCUCCUCCUCCUCCGCCCUCCACGGCCCUCGUGCCAGUCUUCAUCAGGAAGUCACAGUUCAAACUGCCAACUCGUCCACAAACGCCGAUCAUAAUGAUUGGUCCGGGCACAGGUCUGGCUCCCUUCCGAGGUUUCAUCCAAGAACGAGAUUUGUACAGGAAAGAGGGAAAGCCUGUUGGUGACACAAUUUUAUACUUCGGUUGCCGAAAAAAAUCCGAGGACUACAUUUAUCAAGAGGAACUUGAGGAGUAUGUUGCCAGUGGAACGCUCAAGUUGUAUGUGGCGUUCUCAAGAGAGCAACAACAGAAACAGUAUGUUACUCAUUUGUUGGAGAAGAAUAAAGAAGAACUAUGGAAUGUUAUCGGCGAAAAUAAUGGUCAUCUGUAUGUGUGCGGUGAUGCAAAGAAUAUGGCGAGAGACGUGCACAACAUUGUAGUGAGUGUUAUCAAGGAGAAGGGCAACAUGGAGGAAGCACAGGCCAACACUUAUCUCAAGAAAAUGGAGGCUCAAAAGAGAUAUUCGGCCGACGUAUGGAGUUGAAUCUAGUUGCCAAGUAUUUGCUCAACUUUUCAUAAUAGUGACGUCACGUUGUUAUACCUAGAAGGUCACUCAUAGACUUGAACCAUAGAGAAAAUAUAGCUUAAGAAGAUGUCCCAUGGUAUAGGGCGUUUAUGUUCCAAAUUCCACUGUUAACUCGUUCCAAAUUCCACUGUUAACUCGUUCCAAAUUCCACUGUUAACUCGUUCCAAAUUCCACUGUUAACUCGUUCCAAAUCCCACUGUUAACUCGUUCCAAAUUCCACUGUUUACUCGUUCCACUGUUAA